UCAAAGCAUAAAACUGGAAGAGGGUCUUGGGGCAAGCAGAGAACCAUGUGGUUCAUCCUGCCCGUGGGUUUGAUGGCCACCACCCUUGCGAUUGCUCCUGUCCAUUUUGACAGGGAGAAGGUGCUGCGCGUGAAGCCCCAGGAUGAAAAACAAGCAAGCAUCAUAAAAGAUUUGGCCAAAACCAACCAGCUUGACUUCUGGUAUCCAGACGCCACCCACCACAUAGCUGCUAACAUGACAGUCGACUUCCAAGUUAGUGAAAAGGAAUCCCAGUCCAUCCAGUCUGCCUUGGAGCAAAAUAAAAUGCACUAUGAAAUCUUGAUUCAUGAUCUGCAAAAAGAGAUUGAGAAACAGUUUGAUGUGAAAGAAGACAGCAAGCACAGCUAUGCAAAAUACAAUAACUGGGACAAGAUUGUUGCUUGGAUGGAUAAAAUGGUGCAGAAGCGUCCUGAAAUGGUCUCUCAUAUUAAGAUUGGAACUACUGUUGAAGAUAACCCACUAUAUGUUCUCAAGAUUGGGACAAAAGAAGAAAGAAGAAAGGCUAUUUUUAUGGAUUGUGGCAUUCAUGCACAAGAAUGGAUCUCCCCAGCAUUCUGCCAGUGGUUUGUCUAUCAGGCAACCAAAACUUAUGGAAAAAACAAAAUUAUGACCAAACUCCUGGACCAAAUGAAUUUUUAUGUUCUUCCUGUGUUCAACGUUGAUGGAUAUAUUUGGUCAUGGACACAGAACCGCAUGUGGAGAAAAAAUCGUUCUAAGAAUCAAAACUCCAAAUGCAUCGGCACUGACCUCAAUAGGAACUUUAAUGCCUCAUGGAACUCAUUUCCCAACAGUAAGGACCCAUGUGAGGAUAUCUAUCGGGGCCGUGCACCAGAGUCGGAGAGAGAGACGAAAGCUGUUACUGACUUCAUUCAAAGCCACCUAAAAUCACUCAAGGCCUACAUCACCUUUCAUUCCUACUCCCAGAUGCUACUGUUUCCCUACGGAUAUACAACAGAACUGCCACCUAACCACGAGGACCUGGUCAAAGUUGCAAAGAUUGGCACUGAUGUUCUAUCAACUCGAUAUGAAAGCCACUACAUCUAUGGCCCAAUAGCAACAACAAUUUACCCGACAUCAGGUUCUUCUUUAGACUGGGCUUACAACCUGGGCAUCAAACACACAUUUGCCUUUGAGCUCCGAGAUAAAGGCAAAUUUGGUUUUCUCCUUCUAGAAUCUUGGAUAAAGUCAACCUGCAAAGAAACCAUGCUAGCUGUCCAAUUUAUUGCCAAGUAUAUCCUCAGGCAUACUUCCUAACUGCCCUCAGUUUGGAAUAAGCCAGUUAAUCCUUCUUUGUGCCUUUCACCAGAAAGUUAGUCUUCAGUUAUCCCUAGAUGUAGUUUCCACAUCACCUGACUGGGUCCCUCUCUUGCUCACUUAAGCCCAAUAGUAUUUCUUUUUGCUUUUAUUUACUGUCAGUUGCACCUUAACAAAUAGCAUUAAGUGAAACCUUUUAACUACCUUUCUCUGUUUCAAGUUUGAACCCAGCACAAAGUAUUACUUCAAGUACUUUGACAGGUGAUAUACAGUGGAUCACAGAAAAGAAAUGAGAACCCUUAGUUUCUGCAGAAUCAAAUUAUCCAUGUGGCUCAAUCUUUCCAUGUGCUCAUAUAAUAAAAAUAAAGCACAAUCUUCUGUUUUUGACAAACUAUAUUCUCUACAUUUCUCUAGAAGCAUUAAUAACCGAGUAUUAAUACUUUUCAUACAGUCUAUGAAUAAGAAAGUAUAUCUUCAGUUUUCAAAAACAUUUUGCUUACAUAUAUAUUUUUUUAGUAAAACUAGACAUUGUUUAUAUCGUCACAAUAGCAAAAGGAUGUCCUAGCAGGAAAUAAAGUGGUUCAUAUAGAGACGAAUCUCAGUGCUUUAAACAAAAAAUCCAGUUCCCAUCAACAUAAUGUACAUUAAAUUCAAAACAGUUUAAUCUAACCUAUCACAAUCAGAGGAAACCACCUGCCACAACAUCCCUUGACCAAGGACAAUCAGAAGAAUUUAUUGCUUUUAUAGUCUAUAAUUCCGUUGUUUAAGAUAGUGUUACAAAAUACCUUUCCCCAACCUUAAUUCUCCAACACAUCAUCAUUUGAAGUACAAAAUGCCAUCCUCCUUACCAAGCAUAAUCUCUUUCUUCCUUUACAUUGGUGUCCAUACAUUCUAAAAAUCCAAAACCCAGAUGAUUGACCAGAACUUGAGGGACAAGUAGAGACUUCCUUGAUUUCCUACAAACUACUUCUCAGAAUAUUCUAGACAAAAUUUUUGAGAAUCCUGAAAGAUUCUGAGAAACCAAGUCAACAAAAAACCUGAGACAUUCCUCAUGAAUCCUUUACGGGCCCACAAAAGAAAGAGUGCCAUCAUAUCUACAAGAUAACGGUGUCUCUGACAAUUAAGGAGAUAGGUAAAAGUUUCCCAUGCAAAUUGUCUAGAGGAAACCAAUCAAACAAAAUUUCUUUACAGGUAGAGGGAAAGGUGACAGAGUCAAUAAAGUAAAAGACAAAACUGUGGUUAUAAGGUUAAAUUGUCCCUUAGAAGAAAUAUAAUGUCUAUAUCUAAACAUUCAGCAUUCAAAACCAGCUCAGAACACAGAAAUGUAAAUUUAUUCCAUUAAAUAUGCCAUAUGGAAUUACAUACUUAUGCACACUUGCUACUCAACUAAGGACUGAAAGAAAGUCUAACCUUAAAAUUUACAUAAAUAUUUCUAAUUCCACUGAGUCUUUAGCUGUAGGUGACAGAGAUAAUACCAACUGUUGAAUAUCAUCUGGGUUCAUCCACUAUUCAGAUUAUAAAAUAACACAAAAGUUCUACAUACCAUUUUAUUUGAGCUGUUAUGGGGUUUAAUGAUUCUUUCCUUAAUCAGAGAAAAAUCAUUUCAAUGGCUAAAAUAAAAAAUCCUAACAAGACCAUUCUUUAUCUUAACUGAAUAGCUUUUGCAUGACAUGCCAGGAUAUUUUACUUCUUUGACUUAUGAUCUGCAAAACUAUAUAUGUGAAGAAAAAUAUCUACUUUAAAAUUUAAAAACUAAAAUUUCAUUUUAUUUAUAGGAAUGUUUGUGUAGUCAGUGCUGUAAGCCUCCCCUUGUCAUUUCUCAUUUAUCAGAAAAGGCUUUGUACCCAAGUUAUAGUUUGUACUGUCUCUUACAAAGUUCUUGACAAUACAACACACAAAAAACCUAAAUCAUCAUUCCCUUUUGAGUUUUCUUAGCACCAAAUUCACUCAAGGAAUACUGCUUCAUAUUUUGAAAUUUUAUUUUUUCAUGGCAAUGGUCUGGACUGAGACACAAGUCUCCAAUAUCUAAGAAGAUGAAACAUCUUACUGAAUAUUUUUUACUAAUGCAAACAAAUGAGUUUCCAGUGGGCAUUAUGACUCCAAGCUGAUUAUAAAAUGUCAUGUCAGCAGUACUGUCCCCAUAUCCAACAUAUUGUAUACAUUCCUAUAACUAUGUAGGUGCUCAUUGGCUAAGUAAACAUUUGGCUUUUGACAAGAGUUUCUGUUUCUCAUUUAAGACAAAUAUCUAUCCCUGAUUUUCUUUGAAUGACAAAAAUAAGUGAGUAAUUCCCAGAGAAACUUGCAACAGAUUACUGAGAAUACACAAAUUCUCUCUGUUCUCAGGCUCUUCCCUAUCAACUUGUUCUUGUAAAGGUGUUUACAUAGUUUUGGUCAUUCCAAAUGGAUGGAUAUUUGGCUUUCCUAGACAUGGGAAAGAUCAAAGACAAAGAAUUCUUUUUGAUUCCACCCUGUGGUUCUCAGUACUAUAAACUAACCUUUUACUUUUAAUAUAGAAAAUAUAAAAAGGAGUUUUCCUAAAAGAAAUUAUGCAUUGGUUCCAAAAAUCUGCAAUGAAAUAAGGUAGUAUUAAAUUGAUCAUGAUCUCCCAGGAUACAAAUAAUAAAAAGCAGCAGCAGUAAGCAAUCUCAGUAAGACACUCAUUUAUUUGAGCAUCUAUAAGAAGCAAUGGAAUCACCUCACACCACUUAGAAUGGCCACCAACCGAAAGACAAGAAAUAACAAGUGUUGGGCAGUAUGUGGAAAAAGGGAACCCUCUACACUGUUGGUGGGAAUGCAAUUGGUACAGCUAAUAUGGAAAGCAGUAUGGAGGUCCCUCAAAAAACUAAGAAAUAGAAAUACCAUACUAUCCAGUAAUUUUACUUUCAGAAAUUUGCCCAAAGGAAACAAAAUUCCUGAUUUGAAAAGAUAUAUGCACCCCUAUGUUUAUUGCUGCAUUAUUUACAAUAGCCAAGAUAUGGAAGCAACCUAAGUGUCCAUCGGUAGAUGAAUAGAUAAAGAAGAUGUGGUACAUAUACACAAUGUUAUUCAGCCCUAAAAGGAAAAGAAAUCCUGCCAUUUGCAAGAACAUGGAUGGAUCUAGAGGGUAUUAUGCGGAGUGAAAAAAGCCAGGCAGAGAAAGACAAAUACCACAUGAUUUCAUUUAUUUAUGGAAUCUAAAAACAAAACAGCAGUAGACUCAUAGAUGCUGAGAAGUGACUGG